AUGUCAACUUCCAAUUCCCAAGGGGAUCUCGAGCAGAAGUGUCUCCCAGAGGCACCCAAUUCCACCCCCGAGCCCGAGAAAUGGAACCACCCACGGCCGAAUAUAUGGAAGGUCUUCGCCACCUUCUGGAGCUUCCUCGUAAUGGGAGCAAAUGACGCAGCCUACGGUCCCUUAAUCCCAUACUUAGAAACACACUACAACCUAUCCUACACCAUCGUCUCUCUCGUCUUCCUCUCCCCGCUAGGAGGCUACACGCUUGCCGCAGUGCUCAAUCAUAAAAUCCACAUGCGAUUCGGCCGCCGCGGCGUGGCCUGGAUAUCUCCGGGGUGCCAUCUGAUCGCGUACAUCGUGAACUGCCUGCACCCGCCGUACCCGGUUCUCGUGGUGUCGUUCAUUUUCGCAGGCUUCGGCAACGGCCUGGCAGACUCCGCGUGGAACGCCUGGAUCGGGAACAUGCAGAACGCGAACGAGUUACUGGGCUUUCUGCAUGGGUUGUACGGCGUAGGAGCGGUGCUGAGUCCGCUGGUCGCGACGUCGUUGAUCACCAAGGCGGAGGUGGGAUGGUACUAUUUCUACUACGUGAUGGUCCAGAUCGCCUGCGCGGCCGUCGAGCUCGCAACCUGCGUGUUCUUCUUCUGGGACUCGACGGCCGUCGAAUUCCAAGCCGGACUCAACGACGAAGACCACGGGGGUCUGCGACAAGCGCUGUUCAAAGCCCCCUACGCCAGAGUCAGCUGGAUCUGCGCGUUCUUUCUCCUCGGCUACGUCGGGAUCGAAGUCGCGCUGGGGGGGUGGAUCGUGACGUUCAUGAUGCGCGUGCGGGACGCCGAGCCGUUUGCCAGCGGGAUGGCGGCGACGGGGUUCUGGCUGGGGAUUACAUUUGGACGGGUGGUGCUGGGGUUCGUGACGCCGAGGAUCGGCGAGAAGAUGGCGAUUGUUAUCUACUCCCUCCUCGCCAUCGCAUUCGGUCUUGUGCUCUGGUUUGUCCCGAGCUUCUACGCCUCCGUGAUCGCAGUCUCCUUGCAGGGAUUUUUCCUGGGUCCGUUCUUCCCGGGCGUUGUGGUCGUCGCGACGAAGCUGCUCCCGAGAGCAUUGCAUGUCAGCGCGAUCGGGUUUGCUGCUGCGUUUGGAGGCGGCGGAGCGGCCGUGCUGCCGUUUGCGGUGGGGGCGAUUGCUCAGGCAAAGGGGGUGCAGGUCUUGCAGCCUUUUAUUAUUGGGUUGUCGGGUGGGAUUCUGCUGCUGUGGUUGGGGUUGCCGAGGAUGAAGAAACAGGCGAGUUAG